AUGCCACCAACCAGAAAAGUGUUGCAAGAUGACGAAGAAAGCUCGUACGGAUUUGUCUAUGGAGUUUCAGGACCUGUAGUUACUGCGGAAAAAAUGGCAGGGUCAGCAAUGUAUGAACUGGUACGUGUUGGACAUGCAGAAUUAGUUGGUGAAAUUAUUCGUCUAGAAGGCGAUUAUGCUACGAUUCAGGUUUAUGAAGACACAUCAGCAGUAACAAUAGGAGAUCCUGUACUUCGCACAGGUAAACCAUUAUCAGUAGAAUUGGGUCCAGGUAUUAUGGGUUCCAUUUUUGACGGUAUUCAACGCCCCUUAAAAGAUAUCGUCGAUUUGACGCAGUCGAUUUACAUUCCUAAAGGUGUCAAUGUUCAAGCUCUUUCACGUGAAACGCUUUGGGAUUUCAAGCCAAACAAGAAGCUUAAUGUUGGCGAUCACGUAACAGGUGGUGAUAUCAUCGGUUUUGUUCCUGAAAAUGUCCUCAUUAAUCAUCGAAUAAUGCUUCCACCUAUGGCGUGUGGCACUAUCACAUACAUUGCUCCUGCUGGUUCCUAUCACGUUACGGAUAUCGUACUAGAAACAGAAUUUGCUGGCGAAAAGUCGAAAUUUUCAAUGCUUCAGGUGUGGCCUGUUCGUCAACCACGUCCGUGUGCGGAAAAAUUAGCAGCAAACUACCCAUUACUCUGUGGCCAACGUGUUUUGGAUGCGUUGUUCCCUUGCGUGCAAGGUGGCACGACAGCUAUUCCUGGGGCUUUCGGCUGUGGUAAAACUGUAAUUUCUCAGUCGUUAUCCAAGUUUUCUAAUUCCGAUGCUAUUAUUUACGUUGGGUGCGGUGAGCGUGGUAAUGAGAUGUCAGAAGUACUACGUGAUUUUCCGGAACUAACUAUGGAGGUAGAUGGCGUGACAACUUCAAUUAUGAAGCGUACAACUUUAGUAGCAAAUACUUCAAAUAUGCCUGUAGCAGCCCGUGAAGCAUCUAUUUAUACCGGCAUUACGUUAGCUGAAUACUUCCGUGAUAUGGGUUUGAAUGUUUCUAUGAUGGCAGAUUCUACCUCUCGUUGGGCUGAAGCUCUUCGAGAAAUAUCAGGUCGUUUAGGUGAAAUGCCAGCUGAUUCCGGUUAUCCAGCAUACUUAGCUGCUCGAUUAGCAUCUUUCUAUGAGAGAGCAGGUAAAGUGAAAUGUAUUGGAAGUCCCGAACGCGAAGGAUCAGUAACAAUUGUAGGUGCAGUAUCGCCACCUGGUGGGGAUUUUGCUGAUCCAGUCACUUCUGCUACUCUAGGUAUUGUUCAGGUAUUCUGGGGUUUGGAUAAAAAAUUAGCGCAGCGUAAACAUUUUCCAUCUAUUAAUUGGCUGAUAUCAUAUAGCAAAUAUAUGAGAGCGCUGGAUGAAUAUUACGACAAAAAUUUUCCGGAAUUCGUUGCUCUACGAACAAAAUGCAAAGAAAUUCUUCAAGAAGAAGAGGACUUGUCAGAAAUUGUACAAUUAGUGGGUAAAGCUUCAUUGGCUGAAUCUGAUAAAAUUACGUUAGAAGUGGCAAAAUUAAUUAAAGAUGAUUUUCUACAGCAAAAUGGCUAUACUCCAUAUGACCGAUUCUGUCCUUUCUACAAGACUGUGGGAAUGCUGAGAAAUAUGAUUGCGUUCUAUGAUCUUGCGAAACAUGCUGUUGAGUCAACGAUACAAACAGAGAAUAAAAUAACGUGGGCAACAAUUCGUGAUCAUAUGAGUGAUAUCAUGUACCAGCUUUCAUCUAUGAAAUUCAAGGAUCCGGUCAAGGAUGGUGAACAGAAAAUCAAGAAAGAUUAUGAUGAACUACUCGAGCUUAUGCAAAGUUCCUUCAGAAAUUUGGAAGAAUAA